AUGCCCUUCAAGGUCAAGGCCGUCUACGACUACUCGUCGCCGCACGAGGAUGACCUGCAGUUCCCCAUCGGCACAAUCAUAACCGUCACGGACGAGGAGGACCCCGAUUGGUAUGGCGGAGAAUACAUCGACGACGCCGGGGUGAAGCAGGAAGGCAUCUUCCCACGUAACUUCGUGGAGAAGUAUGAGCCUACCGCUCCUCCCCGCCCGACUCGAGCUCGGCCGCCCAAGAAAGAGCCCGAAGCUGCACCGGCUCCAGCUCCAGCUCCUGCUGCUGAAGAGCCGUCUGUACCAGUCCCGACGUCUCCUAAGCAAGCAGCGCCUCAGCCCGAACCCGAGGAGCCAGCAGAGGAAUUCAAGGCCUCCUCGCCCAGACGAGCUUCAACGCAACCGCUAUCACCUCCGGCAGCUCCUCAGCCAAAAGCAGCGGAGCCAGUGCGAUCCUUUUCUCCUCCGCCCCCAGCGCCCCAACAGUCUGAACCACCGGCUCAAAAAGCCGCACCUCCCUCCUCCAAGCCCGGACCGCCUCCGGUUUCAGAGAAGCCCAGCUCCUUCAAGGAUCGCAUAGCAGCUUUCAACAAGGCUGCCGCGCCACCAAUCGCACCGUACAAGCCUGCAGGACUGGGUUCGGGUAGCUCGGGUUUCGUCAAGAAGCCGUUUGUUGCGCCUCCUCCCAGCCGAAAUGCAUAUGUUCCACCCCCGCAAAAUGCCCCCACCGCGAAGGUCUAUAGGCGUGACGAAGAUCCCGAGAUCAAGGAACGGGAAGCUGAGAAUUUGGAGACUGCCGAGAAGGCCGGAUUGGUACCCGGAGGAUCAAACGAAGCGGAAGGCGAGGACCAGCCGAAACCUACUAGCUUGAAGGAUCGUAUCGCUCUCCUGCAAAGGCAACAGAUGGAGCAGGCUCAGCGACACGCAGAAGCCGCUGCGAAGAAGGAGAAGCCCAAGCGGCCGCCCAAGAAGCGCACUGAAAGCCACGAGCCGGUUGAAGCAACUGAAGAGAAUGAACAUGUUCAGCCGCACCCGCUGGAGCGUAGAGACACCGAGGAGACGGGAGGCAAGCGGUCCUUGGAUGAGUCGCAUCCGCCGCGCCAACCGGCUCCGCCGAGACGCAGAGCUUCCUCAAAGGGCGUAGAACCGAAGGACGGCAACGAGGCAGAUAUGUCUGGUGCGGGAGACACAACGGAGGACCAAGGUGACCUUACCGAGAAAGAAGACAGCGAUGAGAGACCCCGACCCGUCUCUCGUGCCCCAACCUCUGGCCCUCCGCCAACUGAGAAGACGGAAGAAGACGAAGAAGCAGAGGAGGACGAGGAGGAAGAUGAAGAAGAUGACGAUGUCGACCCUGAAGCCAGACGGAAGGAAGAGCUACGCCAGAGGAUGGCGAAAAUGAGCGGUGGCAUGGGCAUGCAUGGCAUGUUUGGACCACCGGGCAUGAUGCCCAUGCCCGGUUCCGCCCCAGCUCAACCCAAGAAGCCAAAGAAGGCAUCCUCGGAAAAGCGACUAAGUGAAGACUCCGGCGAAGUGGCUUCACCAGGCGGACAUGCGCCACCAGUACCAAUCAUGAUGGGAUUGCCGGGCAUGGCUCUUCCGAGACGGUCAAGCGAGAGGAUUCCAAUUGCAGAGGAACCGAAGCCUCUGACUCCGGGAGUCGAAGACGAAGAGGAUGACGAGGAAGUCGAGCCAGAGAUGAUGGCUCCGCCGCCAGAUGAGGAGGAGGAGGAUGAAGAAGUCACUGAGUAUGAGGGAGACUACGAUACCGAUAUCGCCUCCUCAGCCCCUCACAAGGAUGCGCUGAAGUCCCACGGGCGUGAAUCUAGCUUUGAGGACACCUUAUCCAUUCGAUCGCCUGUAACCGAGGCUCCGCCGUCAAUCCCUCCCCCUGUACCAUCAGGAGCACCCCCAAGAGCUAUGCCCCCACCACCUCCUAUUCCUAGCCAACCUCCUCCAGACACUCGACGCUCUGCUGAUGUUCCACGAACUGCUCCUCCUCCACCACCUCCGCCAAAGGAGGCUGCGACGCCGCAUUACGAUGAUGAGGAUUACGACCCUUUCAACUACAAUGCCGCUUCUCCUACUCCUCGCGCCAUUCCCGUCAUGCCAGGCUACUCACAGCCGGCCCCACCACCACGCAGACCCUCGGAGGACAUCUACUCACCUCCUGAGCCUUCAUCUUCGUACCAGUCUCCCUCAGACCACAGAGCUCCUCCUGCCGCACCAGCACCAGGACGUGCUCAAGCCAGACACUCCAUGGACGCUGCCAGACAAUUAGGCGGCGGCCGAAGAUCACUGGAUGUGAACCGUCCGUCAAUGGAAUCCGGAUUCGUUGCUAACGAUAUCGAUUUGGCGAGCCAGACAGGCUGGUGGCUUCAACCCAAUAGCUUGCCUCCGCAACUGCAAGGCCGCAAGGAUAUUUUCUUUGAGUCUGAGGAUUCGCAAUCCUCCAAGCGUGGCGGAAAAACCACAAUCACAAGAGAUAUCUAUGUCCUUUUCCAGGACUAUUCUCAAACGGUGAUCACUGUGCGUUUCGACCCGCAAGAUUCAACUGAUGUGCAUCUUGAGCAACGCCACGAAGCGCCGCCUCGUACUCUGAGACAAGAUCAACUGGAGCAGUCGUACGAACGCUUUGGCCGAACUAUCUCUGAAGGCGUGACUAGCAAGAAGGAUACGGUCGUAGGAGAUGGCACUCCUCAGGCACUAGUUCUCGAACUUCUGAAGCCUCUCAAGGACGCGUUGCUCCCUGUCGGAACUCGUGCAUACGGCGCUCUAGUCUACUCAAACCUUGCAAACGCCAGCACCACUCAGAACGACGAGAUCCGACCCGGAGAUAUCAUCAGCAUCCGCAACGCCAAAUUCCAAGGCAAGCACGGCCCCAUGCACGCGAAGUACAGCAUGGAGGUGGGCAAGCCUGAUCACGUCGCUGUGGUUGCGGAGUGGGAUGGCACCAAGAAGAAGGUCCGCGCGUGGGAGCAGGGCCGCGAGAACAAGAAGGUCAAGCAGGAGAGCUACAAGCUGGACGACCUGCGCAGCGGCGAGGUCAAGAUCUGGCGCGUCAUGCCGAGGAGCUGGGUUGGCUGGGAGGGACAGAAUUAG